AUGACUACCAAAAUGGCAUGCUAUUUUAUUUGGAUAACAAUUGAGUUACGCGAAUUAUUCAAUAUAAUACUUAUCGAAAAUUAUAAAAAAUCAAAAAUAAUGGCUAUCACCUUGUGGUCAUUCUACUUAUCUCAUCAAAUUUUCAAAUUCCUGCUUGUAAAUUAUAUGUGCGAAACAAUCAGUACUAAGGCAAACGCAACAGCAAAUUUAUUAAAUAGAUUAUCCUGUACCACUUGUGAUGUUGAAAUUCGUGAAAUCAUUUCACAAUUUUUAUUGCGAAUAGUUUAUGUGCCUCUUAGAUUCUCUGGAAUGGGACUUUUCCAAUUUGGUUUCAAAUUUCUUUAUAAGUUUAUCUCAUCUCUUGCGACUGUUUUAGUUAUAAUU